AUAUUUGACCCAGACCUACAAGCACAUCUUGGCUCUUGUCUUUGCUGUGAAGGAGAUCAAUGAUGAUACUCAGAUGCUACGUAACAUCUCUCUGGGUUUCAACAUUUAUAAUGACUACUUCACUAGAAGCUUAACUUAUCUUGCUUCACUGGAGCUCCUCUCCACAUGGAGCAAGUUCAUUCCAAGCUAUAAAUGUGAUGCUCAAAGUAUUACUGUAGCUGUGAUUGGGGGGCCUGACACCAACGCAUGUCUUUUCAUGGCAACCAUUCUGAGCAGCUACAAGUUACCUCAGCUUGGAUAUGGAUCUUCUCCUUUGAUUAAUGACCCAUCCCAAAAAGUCUUUUUCCAAUGGAUGUUCCCUAAUAGAAACCAACAAUAUACAGGGAUGCUUCAACUGCUUUUGCUUUUCAGAUGGACUUGGAUUGGUGUCAUUUUCAUACCGGAUGACAAUGGCCUCUGGUUUGUACAGAAAGAGCUUCCCAAGUUUUCUCAAAGUGGUAUCUGUUUUGAGUUUAUAGAACCAUUCCCAACUGUGUAUUUUAAAAGUGGCAUUCAUGAAAUGAUGGAAUCAUGGACCAAACUGUAUAUCUUCAUAAGUGAUAGCUUUACCAGUGUUGUAAUUUUACAUGGUGAAAUUCACACUACAAUCUUUUUGAGAAUGUUUCCCAGAGUUUUGGAACUUGAAGACAAAGAAAUGAAGACAGGGAAAGUAUGGAUCAUGACUGCACAGAUAGAAUUCACUUCUGUUCCCUUUCAACGAUCUUGGGAUAUAAAUAUCCUUCAUGGUUCCUUAGCCUUUGAAACUGAGUCAAAAGAGGUGGUAGGUUUUCAACAUUUUCUUCAGAUAAGAAACCUUAAUGUGGAAACCAGAGAUGGUUUUAUUAAGGACUUUUGGAGACAGGCAUUUGAUUGUUCCUUCCCAAAUUCUUUGGAAGAGGAAAACGUUUGGAAUCUCUGCAUUGGGGAGGAGAAGCUGGAGGCUCUUCCUAGGUCUGUCUUUGACAUGAGCAUAACUCCUCAUAGCUAUAGCAUCUACAAUGCAAUUUAUGCUGUGGCCCAUGCAUUGAAAUCCAUGAGCUCAUCAAUGCUCAAACAUAGAACUAUAUCAGAGGAAGGACAGAAGAAUGUUCUGAAUUCAUUACUUUGGCAGGUACAGCCUCGUUCUUUGUGUAACGAACCUUGCCGUAAAGGUCACAGCAAGACCAAGAAGGAAGGGAAGCCAUUUUGUUGUUAUGAUUGCCUUCCAUGCCCAGAAGGAAAAGUGUCAAACUGGACAGAAAUGGAUUCUUGUUAUCAGUGUCCAGAGGACCAGUAUCCCUGCAAAGCCCAGGAUCACUGCAUUCCGAAAGAGAUCAGCUUCCUAUCUUUCCAAGAAACUUUGGGGAUCACCUUGGCCAUUCUUGCACUAUUAUUUUCUUCCAUCACAGCUCUAGUCCUUGCAGUCUUUGUCCAACACAAGGAUACACCCAUAGUCAAGGCAAACAACCAAGGCCUCAGCUACACCCUCCUGGUCUCCCUCCUGCUUUCCUUUCUCUGCCCUUUGCUUUUCAUUGGUCAGCCUCAGAGGGCAACCUGUCUCCUUCGACAGACUGCUUUUGGAAUCAUUUUCUCUCUAGCAAUUUCCUGUGUUGUGGCCAAAACCCUCAUUGUGGUCUUAGCUUUCAUGGCCACCAGGCCAGAUUCUAAGAUGAGGUCAUGGGUAGGGAAUAAGUUGGCCCUCUUUAUGGUUCCUUCCUGUUCCCUUGUUCAAACUACCCUUUGUAUUGUGUGGCUGAUGAGCUCUGCUCCCUUCCCAAAUCUUGACAUGCACUCGCUGCCGACAGAAAUGAUCCUGGAAUGCAAUGAAGGCUCUGCUACCUUGUUUUAUUGUGUCCUGGGUUUCAUUGGCCUCCUGGCCAUGAUCAGCUUUACAGUGGCUUUUCUUGGAAGGAACCUUCCAGACAGUUUCAAUGAAAUGAAAUUUAUCACUCUCAGCAUGCUUCUCUUUUGCAGUGUCUGGAUCUCUUUUGUCCCAGCCUACCAGAGCACCAAAGGGAAAUACAUGAUGGCUGUGGAGAUCUUCUCCAUUUUAGCCUCAAGUACUGGAUUAUUGGUCCUCAUUUUCUCACCCAAAAUCUAUAUCAUCUUGAUAAGACCUGAGUUGAAUAACAAGCAACAACUCAUGUGA